CUAGUGAAGAUCCAUUUAUAACCUAGAAAAAUCAAAGAAAUAAAGCGUAUUACACAAAAACUAUUGAAAUAAUAUUGAUUAAAAAUAUUAAAUUGGUGUUAACUGUCCUUUUAAAACAUGACGAUUGUAGAAUAUGUGACUUCGCUAGCGCAAAAUCCUUAUUUCGGGGCGGGUUUCGGCUUAUUCGGCGUUGGAGCCAGUGCUGCAAUUUUACGGAAAGGAUUCCAAACCUCUAUGAUAUUAUUUCGACGGCACUGCAUGAUCACACUUGAAGUACCAUGUAGAGACAAGUCUUACCAAUGGUUGCUGCAGUGGAUAACUCAGAAAGGUGCUAAACAAACGCAACAUUUAAGUGUGGAAACGUCUUUCCUUCAGAAGGACACUGGGCAAAUUAAAACUAAAUACGACUUUAUUCCCAGUGUAGGUCAGCAUUUUUUCAGAUAUCGUGGAGCCUGGAUCAAAGUAGACCGCACCAGGGAACAACAUACUCUGGAUUUGCAUAUGGGUGUUCCAUGGGAAACAGUAACCUUGACAUCCUUUGGCAGCAAUAAGCAACUAUAUUAUGAUAUACUGGAAGAAGCUCGGACAAUGGCACUAAAGCAGCACGAAGGCAUGACCAUUAUGUACACAGCAAUGGGGGCCGAGUGGCGACCAUUCGGACACCCGCGGCGCAGGCGUCCUCUGCACAGUGUAGUCUUGCGGGCUGGCUUGACAGACAGGAUCCUGGAGGAUUGUCUGGACUUUAUCAACCAUCCACAAUGGUAUACGGAAAGAGGGAUACCUUACAGAAGAGGUUACCUGCUGUAUGGCCCACCUGGUUGUGGAAAAUCAUCAUUCAUUAUGGCCCUAGCUGGAGAAUUGGAGUACAACAUCUGUGUACUUAAUCUGUCUGAGAGGGGUCUUACUGAUGACAGACUAAACCAUCUACUUAGCGUAGCCCCACAACAGUCGAUCAUCCUACUGGAAGACAUCGACGCAGCAUUCGUGUCGCGCGAGGAGACGCCCUCGCAGAAGGCGGCGUACGACGGCCUCAACCGCGUCACGUUCAGCGGGCUGCUCAACUGUCUGGAUGGCGUUGCAUCCACGGAAGCGAGGAUAGUCUUCAUGACCACUAAUUAUUUGGAAAGGUUGGACCCUGCGCUAAUUAGGCCCGGCAGAGUCGACAUGAAAGAGUACGUGGGCUACUGUGACCAGCAACAAGUUGAACUCAUGUUUUUGAGGUUUUACAAAGGAGAUGGAGCUGCAGAGCAUGCGAGGAUUUUUGCCGAGAACGUGAUGAAAUACAACACGCAAGUCAGCCCCGCUCAGAUACAAGGCUACUUUAUGUUCCACAAGCAUUCGCCUCCAACGGAAGUGGUCAAAGAUUUCGAGUCGAUUUGGACCCUUGGAUAAAACAUACCUACCAAAUUCAUAACUAGUCAUGAACUCCAGAAGAUCGCUAAGGCCGCUGUCAGUCCACUAGUCUUAAUGGAAUCGACAGAUUCAAGAGCCAUGUACAGGGUGGCCCAAAAAAACGUUGACAAAGAUUUUUUUAAGUUUUAAUAUUAAAUACUUACAUAACUUAUUCAAUACAACUUAAAAUUAAAAAUACAGCCUUUUUUAUUUAAGAAAAAUCAAUUGUCUUCAAAAUAGCCCCCUUUGGCUUUAAUGCACAAACGCAAACGUUUGGUAAAAUUUUCAACGAUAUGCCGCAGCUCCUCCAUGGUUAUUUUUGCCCACUCCUGGGUAAGUUUCGCUUUUAAAGCGUCUACACUCUUGUGUUUUGUAGCACAGGCCCUUGUUUCUAAGAUAGACCACAAACUAUAAUCCAUUGGAUUUAGAUCAGGUGAGUAGGGCGGCCACUCUUUCGAGCUUAUGAACCCUGGAAAAUUGUCUUUACACCACUGCUGCACACUUCGGGCCCUGUGAGAUGGAGCAGAGUCCUGCUGGAAUAUCCACGGCUGGUUGCCGAAAUGUUGUUGACUCCAAGGAAGAACUACAGCGUCCAGAAUAUCUCUCCUGUAUAUUUCUUGGUUUAUUUUUACACCCUUUUCAAUAAAAAUGAGAGGAGUUUUGCCUGUAGAGCAAAUACCACCCCAAACCAUAACUGAAUCCGGCUUUUGACGAUGGGGAAUGACUGCGACCUCUCCGGGGCGACUAGAAGAGUAAAUUCUGUCAUUUUGGUGAUUGUGGGCCUGUUCUAUACAAAAAAGUUUUUCAUCAGUAAAAAGGAUAUUUUUCCAUUUUUCAGUAGCGGCACGUCGCGUAAUCAAACGGCAUCUCUGUAGACGAACUUUUUUAUCUUUAUCUUCUAGAAGCUGAGCUUUACGUAGCUUAUAUGCCUUUAAUUUUAGAUCAUUAGCGACAAUACGUUGGACCGUUGAUCGGCUUACACCCAGUUCCCGAGCCAUUUUUCGCACUUUGGUCCGUGGAUUACGACUAAGCCGUUUUUUUAUAACAUUUCGAAGCCUCGGAGUCCUAACAGUCCUCUUUCUUCCUCUUCCUGGGCGGUCAGCAAGAUGCCCGAGUUCAUUAUACCGCCCAAUAGUCUUGGACACCAGUUGACGACUGACACCGAGCGAUCUAACUAUCUCACACUGUCGUUUUCCCGCUUCGUGCAAGGAAAUUAUUGCUUUACGCUGCGUAGACAUCAUAAAAACCAAAAAUAUUCAUAUAAUUCAAACAAGCUAUUAUUCAUAAAACGUUGCCAAUAUGUGUAAGAAUGUAACAGAAAAUGAACCGAAUUCGUUUGGCGUUCCAAAUUCAAAAAUUUUACUUUUUAAUUUUGUCAACGUAAUUUUGGGCCACGGUGUAUGUUUGCCAUCGGUCUUCCAAGUAGGAUGUUCUUAUUGAAUCGAAAAACGCCGUGCUUCAUUUCAGAACCAGGACACCGUUAUAUGUGCCCAAUAUGUAAUUCACGAGGUAGUCUCUUUGUCAACCUCAUUAGUGAGAUAGAGAUUUUGACAUAUAACAGGCACAGUUUAUUAGCGUUUAUCAAACUGCCCGUAGAUCCCAUUUGAUAGAACAAAAAGUAUGGGUGCGGGGUACAUGUGCGAACAGUUUGUUCAAGCUAGGUGCAACAGGAACAAGUACCUCAUGUGGCAUAUAAAGCCUGACCAGAAAGAUAUGAUCAUUGUUGAGAGGGCGCUGUUAUUGUCAUGUACAGGGUGACAGUUCAGUUUUCUAUGAAAAAUUUAGUUCCAAUGUAAUUCUGCGAUAUGGCGCGUGAUCAUAUAUUUCUGGCUUUAUCGCGUAUCGGUCAAAUUUCAGAGCACGUUAAAGGUCUUAGCACAUUGUUACAACUCAACAGCCACUCGACUCAAAAUUAAAUAUUGAAAUUAAAGCCUUAUCUUGUAUGUCCUAUAGUAGUUAGGGAGGUGGCGAGCAAAAUUUCGAUAUCAUCAGCACACAUGGCAGACGUUAUUAAUAGCAAUAAUGAUACCUUGAGAAACAUAAAGGACCUCGUCUGCCACCACGGUGGCGCUGCGUUGUCAAUUUACAGCGUUUCAAAUAUGUUAAAAAAAAAAGGUGGGCGAUAUUAUUUGCACAUGUCUGCCUCUGGGGCUGAUGAUCACAGUCAUCCUGUAAACACAAAAAAUCGAAGAGGCAGACAUCCAGGGCUCUGACUUUUGAAGUUUUCAAUUUUUUAAGUUAUUUUUAUUAUUUAAAAAACUGUAUAUGAAAUGCACACUUGGCAGAUUUGAAUUGUUCGAUUAAAAACAAUGAAAAGGACCACGGAAAAAUAGUCUGCCAGCGUGAUGCCGCUGCGUUGUCUAUUGACAGCGCUUCAAAAAUGUAAAAAAAAAAAAGAUGUGCUAUAUUAUGCGCACAUGUCUGCCUCUUGGACUGAUGUUUCAAUUUAUCAUGAAAACGAAAAAAAUCGAUGAGGCAGACGUUCAGACCCCUGAUAUUCCAAAGGCAGACCAUUUGAAUUUUUUUUUUUUUUUUUUUUUUUUUUUCAACUCGACACUCGCGCCAAGCUGCAAAUACAAAAUUUUGCAUCUACUGAAUAUUAUUGAAAAUAAUUAAUAGAAUCUAUACGAACGAUUUUCAAAACUCUUCAAAAUAUUUGGCUUCUGCCUGUUAACUGCGGCUCCGCAGGUAUAAAACAUCUCCAUAGUUCCUUUCGUAGUGUCUCUCUUUUAUCUGGGAAUAUGAGUGAGAACGGUAUAACCCAGUUCCGACCUUUUCCGUAUUGCGUACCUAAAUGUAUAUAGCGUAUACCUACAUCUAUAGAUACAUGUGGUAGUAUAGAAGUAAAUAGAAAGAAACAGGAGACAGCCUUCCCUCUUAUUUUGCACGCUUUCCCUCUCUCUCGCGCUCCCAGGCACUUCCACAAGGACGUCUCGAAAGCGUAAGGCUUUGUACACAGCAGAGGUUGCAGAGCAGGUUCUCCGAGACGCUCAUCAACAGUUUUGGAGUAUUUCGAGUAAUUGGAGUAUUUGGAGUCUUUGAAGUUUCUCGAGUAAUUUUAGUGUGUAAGCGCUUGAUACACAUAAUAACUUAAUAAACUGUCUCCCUACAAUUUCGACGCUUCCAAUUUGCCACCAUGUCAAACUGAAUUGACGGAACACUUUCUGAGGACUCUGUACAUUACGAAAAUUUGGAAGAAUGCCCACGAAAAAAAUCCUGUUGGUGAUUUGGACCCGAAUGAUUGUGGCUGGGAAGAAAAAGAUGGAACGCUGACAUUCAAAUGGUUCAAAGGAGAACAACUGCCCCAGUUCUACAGCGACGUCAUCUUCGAAGUUGAAGAUCCUGAACACCAAUCAGAUGAGGAAGGAGACAUGGAUGAAAGCGCCGACAUGAACGAUCGCCAAGGCUUCUCGGAUGCCAGUGAUGACGACGCUUUUUAAAUAUUAUCGCUUUUUGUUAACUUUUCUAUUGUAAAAAGAAGAAAAUAGAGCCGAGGUUAAAAAUCUACGUAUUUUAUACAAAUAAAAACUACAAUUGAAAAAAAUUCACUCUCCAAUUAAAGUUUCGAGCGCAUUUCGUUUCCUCUUAGCAUUUAAAACAAAUAAUUUCGUAGAUUUCAGCUCUAGAAGAAGUUGGAUUGUCACCGUGAGUUCAGCGAAUAACAAUAAACAAAAUAAUAAUAAUAAACCUAUAAAGAAUCACAAUAAUAACAUGCAAUACCCGCUUCCCCUUGAUUACGUCCAUUUCAAACCGUUAUAAAGUUAAAUAUCAGUGAGCAAAGUGUCUGCCAAAUGUUUUUUCGUAUCCACGGAGUCGUAAUGAAUCGAAUGGGGGCAAUGAGAACCGUGUGCAAAUGACUUAGUAGAGUUUUUUUUUCAAACACUUUUACAACUCCGUCCCAUGAUAAUGCAGAGCCCUGAAUGUCUGCCUCCUCGAUUUUCUUCGUUUCCAAGAUAUUUGUGACCAUGAACCCCAGAGGCAGACGUGUGCAAAUAAUUUGAUACCCCUUUUUUUUUUAACAACUUUAAUCGGCUGUAACGCGAAAACGCAGCGACGUAGGACCAUUAUUGACUGGACCAAAUCGAUUCGUACUGACGUAAACUGCAAUCUACCUCGAUGUGAAACGUGUGCAAAUCAUAUACCGAAAUGCUCGCCACCUCCCUAACUAUAGUACAAUGUUUAAAAUUUAGAACUGUCGGGUGGUCUACGCGUCGUCCACUCGUCGUCCACUAAGGUGAACCAAAAGUGAGUUGAGUUGGUGUGGAAUUGGCAUAGUGUGCGAAGACCUUUACACUGGACUUUAUUUAGCCAGUACCUAUACACAACAUGGUAUUUACACAUUCACUGCCAGCGACCCGCUAGGCCGGUUCACUACAUACGGUUUUGCCUGUUAUCGGCAUAUAGCGUGUAGCUCGCGCUGAAUGUAUUAAAUAGCAGAUUAUUUAUCUAUAUGAUGUUUCAUAGUAAAUAGGGCUUCUCAAUGAACCUAUCCAUGUAUGAUAGCAACUGUACAUACUAAAGAUGGGCCGAACAUUCGUUAAAUGUUCGGCAAGUUUUCCAAUAAUGUUCUUAUUCGACCGAACUAUUCGGUUAAAUUGACGAAUAUUAGCAAAAAAAAUAUGUUUGUCCUGUUGUAACACUGUAAAACUUUCUCGAGAGCUUUUCAAGUACCUACUCUUGCUAUCAGGUUACGUUUUCCCGUAGUCAUUAAAGUAGAUGAUGAGUCAUGUUGAA